UUGUUUGGAGUUCUCUAGUACGUUCUAAGUUGCAACCUUGUUAUAAUUAUCCGGGAACUGACUGAGUCGAGAACGCGCCAAUAAUCACGUGGUCAAGAUGACUCCGUUCGUGGACGGCUGGGACAUGGCUGAGGUUUUAGGAGAAGGCGCUUACGGAGAAGUACGUUUGCUUGUAAACCGAGAAACGCAGGAGAAUUUGGCAGUAAAAAUCAUUGACCUCAGGAGGGCGGUUGUAGACAACGCUGCAGAAAGCAUUCGUAAGGAGAUCUGCAUAAUGAAGAUGCUUCGAGAUCCAUUGUUUAUUCAAUUCUAUGGCUGUCGGACUGAGGGCCAUCUUCAGUAUUUGUUUCUGGAGUAUGCUUCCGGUGGAGAGCUGUUUGAUCGCAUAGAACCAGAUGUAGGGAUGAAGCAAAGUCAAGCAAGGACUUUCUUUCAGCAGCUUAUUGCUGGAGUGGAAUUUCUGCACAAUAAAGGAAUCACUCAUCGUGAUUUGAAGCCCGAGAAUAUUCUUUUGGAUCAGAAUGAUAAUCUGAAAAUAACUGAUUUCGGCCUUUCUACUGUGUUUUGUCAUCGUGGACAAGAGAGAAAGCUUAGCAAAUGUUGUGGUACCCCACCAUAUGUUUCACCCGAGGUAUUAAGUGGCGAAGAAUAUUAUGCUCAACCUGCAGAUGUCUGGUCCUGUGGAGUCAUACUUGUGGCGAUGUUGGCUGGAGAACUUCCGUGGAACAGACCAGACGAGGAGUGCAAAGAGUUUUGUGAUUACUGCACAAAGAAGUCUCUAAACCUUAGUCCAUGGAACAAAAUUUCAAAUUGGCCUUUGUCUCUACUGAGAAGAAUUCUUCAACGAGUACCAGGUGACCGAUUUACGAUUCAGCAGAUAAAAAGACACAGAUGGUUUACCAAGAGAUCGACGACCGUGUCGUCUCAUUUACUGUCGUCUCCUUCCACUCCUGUGCUCAAACGCCAUUGCUCGUCUCUGACUCCCGAGACUACCUUAGAUACUUCUGUAAAGUUUGUCGAUCCGGCUCGAAUACCUGCUUCACAGCCAGAGCCGCAAAAUAGGCAGUCGCUUAUGACCGAGUUGAUGACACUGAGAGUAGUACAUGUGAGCAGCACGACGUCGAGUGAACAAGAAAGGGCAAAUGCUCCCAGUUUUUCACAGCCUGCACGUGCAGAGUACUGGUUGCUUCCAAGCCAGAUUUCCUCGACACCUGGCCAGUCACAAACAUUGUUUCAACGGUUGGUGAAACGAAUGACAAGAUUCAGAACUAGUUGUGGAGUGAAAGAGACGAUGCUGUUGACCAAGAGUGCUUUAGAAAAACUUGGAUGUCUAGUGAAGAGAGCUACAGCUGACGAGGUUGUCGCUAGUGUGAGCGAUCGAACAAAACGUGACCUGGUGUUUAGAAUUACCUUUUUUCCUUUGGAUGGAGACGAAGUAUUGGUAGAUCUACGCAGAUCGAAGGGCGACGGGCUAGAAUUUAAGCGCUACUUUGUCAAAAUCAGCCAGUUACUGAAAGAAAUUAUUCUGAAAGUUAUCUAAUUGACUUGCAAUGAUGCACGUGUUUAGGAUAAGUUUGCUUUGAGAGAAAUCUUUGUUAGAUAAGUUGACUGUUAUACAUCGUUGGGUUUCUUGGGUCAUCAGGAGAAUCUUGUUAGAUGCCAAUUUAACAGACAGAAAGGUGACUUGGCUUUAUUGGAAGUGAUGCUUGUUUUUGUAGAUAGAUCAGCAAUAAUGCAAG